AUGCUGACGCCCUCGAAGGAAGUGCUCCAACAGGCCUUCGCCGCCGGGUUCGAUUCCAUUGAUGACGGCGAUACUUUCUACCAGGGGUUCAACGCUUGCCUGUCAGCCCAGGGUUACGCGAAGCGGGAAGACAUUUCCUGCACCUGCCCGGACCACGGCACCCACGGCCACCUGCCCGAGUGCCGCUGGGUCAAAGUAGAGUAA